AUGGAAUUAGGGAUAUGGACUGUUUGGUUGGUUAGAGCCGCUUGGAUCGCUACUAUUCUUCUUAUGGUGAUCGGUUCGAUACCAAUUUCUAAGCUGAGAUUGUUUCAUGAACUCAUGUUGAUUUUUGCGGGUAGAGGCAAGAUUCUUCAGCCGUCUUCUUCUCAGACCAUUUGUCCCUUAUUGCUUGUUUUGUUAUGGAGACAGAAGUGGACAGUUCCUCAGAAAUAUUUUUCUCACUUCUACGUUGUCGGAGUGGUGUGGACAACUUUCCUGUUCGCCAUGACUUGGAUGUAUGCCUUAAAAAUGGCGCCAUUAACCGGAGGUUCUCAUGUUGAGCAUUGGUUUAAAGUGUGGCGAGCAGUGUUUCUACUCCUUCUGAUGGAAAUCCAUGUUUUGAGACGCCUUAUAGAGUCAUUCUAUGUAUUCAACUAUAGCCCUUGUGCUCGGAUGAACAUUCUUGGUUAUUUCACCGGAUUGUUUUUAUCACUCUCCAUCAAUAUAGCUCCAGAGGUGGUAACAUUCGCCGGAAAUCAAAUCCUGAAAGAUGCAAAAAUGUUAAUACAGGGAUCGCUCCGGAAAAGUCCUAGCCAAGCGAAAGAGUACAUAAUACCACAUGGAGAUUGGUUUGAGAUGGUUUUGUAUGUGGGCUUGCUACUUGCGAGUGGAGGAACAGAUGUUACUAUCUGGUUACUCUUUGGUUUUGUGGUCGGGAAUCUGACUGUGGCGGCUGGAGAAACUCACCGGUGGUAUCUCCGGAAGUUUGAGAAUUAUCCGGCUAACCGGAGUGCCAUUUUCCCUUAUGUUUACUGA